AUGCGUUGUGUAUUACUUUUGUUAGCUUUGGCUGCGCUGCUGCUAACGCUGCAAGCCGAAACCUUGCCUAAGCCCAAAGCAGAUCCCAUUGUAUCCGAGCUUGGUGAUCUAAAGCAAAAACCAAAGGCGAAACCCAGCAGCACUACAAUGUCCACCAAGAACUUUUUCCUGAUGCAUCGCAGACCAACAAAGCCGCCUAAAGUUGCAACCAAAGCUACGCUCAAGGCCAGCACCAAAGCCAAGCCGCAGGCAAAGACAAAGGCCGUACCCAAGGCCAAAGGCAAGGCUCAUGUGCCACACGAUAAACACACAAAUCGCAAGGUGCGCUCCCACAACGCCAAGCAGAGCAUGUUCCAGGCAAGCACCACCACUCAUGGCACCACCACGCUGCCAGCUAAAACUGUAGCGCCCACGAUCGUUGCUGCUGCUGCUGCGCCUCAUGCCGUUGAGAUGUUGCCUGUGCCCAAUAUGAAAGAUAGCACCACUACCACCACUCUGCUGCCCAAUGGCACACUCAAGGAGGUGCGCACCAAAGCUGAACUCGUUGCGCUCGACAGCGUCAAUGGCACUUCCAAGUGGGGCACUGUUAAGCCUUGA